AUGGACUAUGUUUAUGUUGUGCUACAUGAAGAUAGAUGUUUCAUCAUUUGUUUGGAGAAGAAGACAUGUACUUGCCAUAGAUUUCAAAUUGAUGAAAUUUUGUGUGCUCAUACUUAUGUAGUGUUAAAGAGCAAACAUUUUGAAGCUGAUGAUUACUGCUCUAACUUAUAUAAGCCAGUAGCAUUGUUGGGCACAUAUGAGAUUUCUCCAUUGCCACUGUCUGAUAGGUUUACAUGGGAGAUAUCAAAUUUUAUAUUGAGCGAAAUUUUUUUGCCGCCAAAGUACAAACGUUACCACGGGAGGCCAAAGAAAAGAAAAAGAGAAAAGUCUGUUGAAGAUUUUUACAAGACUAAAUCCUCUAAUUCAUACAGUGCUUGUGAGAUGACUGGUCACAAUAGGCGUUCGUGUAGGAAAGUACGCCGAGUUGAAUAA